CUCCUUUGUUUUUUUUAAUGUGGGAUUCCCCGACAGCGUGCUUCAGUCCGUUCAAAAUAUUUUGGAAGUUGUCUGGGUGGAUUGAAGGCUUUCCCCUGAGAAAGACAUUGAGUCAACAUCUCUGAGCAGUGGUCGCACCGCGGCUGUGUGUGAAAGAGAGAAUGGAGGACAUGGACUACAGCCUCCCUCUGAGUCAGGACACCUUCCACGACUUGUGGAACAACGUGGUUUUGUCCACGGACAGUGGCACUCUGGGCCCAGCCUCAUUGGACCCAAAUAUGGUGUUUUGGGAGAAUCCUGAGGCUAUACCAGAGACCAAAUUUCUUCAGGCUGCACCAAUGGUUCCUGCUGUUUCAAAUUAUGCUGGAGAACAUGGGUUCAGCUUGUCAUUUAAUGACGCCGGCACUGCUAAGAGCGUCACCUCCACUUUCUCUGAAAAGCUUGGGAAACUAUUCUGCCAGCUGGCUAAAACCACACCGAUUGGGAUUUUGGUGAAGGAGGAACCUCCGGCGGACGCCAUCAUCAGAGCAACGGCCGUGUAUAAAAAGACUGAGCAUGUGGCAGAAGUCGUCAAGAGGUGCCCACACCACCAAAGUGAAGACUCGUCCGACAACAAGAGCCAUCUGAUCCGAGUGGAGGGCAGCCAGCUGGCCCAGUACUUUGAGGAUCCGUUCACCAAAAGGCAGAGCGUGACCGUGCCUUACGAACGCCCACAGCUGGGAUCUGAGACGACCACCAUCCUGCUGAGCUUCAUGUGCAACAGCUCCUGCAUGGGAGGCAUGAACCGGAGGCCCAUCCUCACCAUCCUGACCCUGGAGACCACAGAGGGGGAGGUUUUGGGCAGGCGGUGCUUCGAGGUCCGUGUCUGUGCCUGUCCAGGCAGGGACCGCAGGACGGAGGAAGAAAACCUGGAGAAAAACGGGACCAAGCAGACAAAGAAAAGAAAGAGCACUCCUGCUCCAAAUACUUCCACUGCUAAAAAGUCCAAGUCUGCCUCCAGUGGAGAGGAUGAUGACAAGGAGAUUUACACUCUCUCAAUUCGGGGCCGUAAUCGUUAUCUCUGGUUCAAGAACCUCAACGAUGGCCUGGAACUGAUGGAUAAAAUGGGGCCCAAGGUAAAACCGGAGAUUCCUGCGCCCUCCAGUGGGAAGAGGCUGCUGAAGGGGGGAAGCGACAGCGACUAGUUUACUCUUUCAUUUCUUCUGAUUUCUAUUUUUAUAUUCUCCAUUAUUCAUUUACAUUUGUAAUGGCAUUAUGUUUCCAAUAAAUGUAGUAAUUUGUCCUUUUUUUUCUAUAUUUUUGCAAUUGAUUUGUCAUCAUGUAAAGUAAUUGCUUAGUUACCGUUAAUAAUGUUGAAUUAAGUAUUGGCCAGUUUCGAGCCAAAUAAAGCUCUCCAGUUCAUGGUGUUAAAAGGAUUUUUUUAACUUACUAAGCUGUAUCUUUGUAUUUCCUUAGUUUAAAUAUUAGAUGAUUUCAGUGGAUUAGCAUUGGGGGUUUAUUUUUGGGAACAUUUUUUUUUUUUUUUUUUUUUUAAGCAGUAUUGGUAGAAGAGGGGCUGACUGGAUCACCCCCAACACUUGAGCCUUUUUAUAUAAAGCUGAAUGAACUUUACCAAAAAGCUGUGGCCCUGUUUUGAAAGCUAAUUUGACCUUGAAUAACUGACUCAGUUUUCCUGUCACCUACUGUAUUCAAAAUGUGCAUUGAGUCGCAUCCUUACAGCAGUAAAGUUGAUUAUUGUUUCCACCUUUGAACCAGUUGAACCACUUUAAGGCACUUUGGCUUGAUGUGACCAAUCACUGACUAAAUGACCACUCUGAACGUAAACACUGCCAGAGGACAUUUACAGGCAUUUCUGUAACGUUGUAGUUUAGCGAAAGGCUUCGGUUUCCUUUUGUAUUCUUUCAUUUUCUUGUAUUUUGUACUGACUUAAUGUUUUAUACUCGAGCUUUGAGCUGAAAUAAACAUAUUCCGUCUCAA